AGCAAACAGAUGCCCCGGUCUGGUAGCUCGCACCAAGCCACUGCCUUUGUUUCUAUACAAAACCCUAACCAGUAAAGCCCUUGAUCUCUCAAAAACCCUAAAUUCUCUUCUCAAACCAAAGCUUCAAAGAAGAGGUUCAAUGGUUGAAACCAAGGACCCAGAAGAACUCACAUUGCCUUCGAAGCGUAAACCCGAUUUAAAUUGCGAAGAGAACGAAAAUCACCCAAACAAAACACAAAAGCUCCAAACACUGAACAACAAUUCAGAAAUUUCUGAAGACAAAACCCUAAUACGAGAUAAAGACUGUCUUAAUUCAGAUGCCCAAGUGAACGACAACGAAGACGAGGAUGAAGAAGAUGACGACGACGACGACGAUGACGUGGAGGAUAAUGGAGAGGCUGUAUUGGAUAGAAAGGGAAAGGGGAUUUUAAUAGAAGAGGAAGAUGAUGAAAACGAUGAUGACGAUGAUGAUUCGAGUGAUGGCGGCACUCAAUCAGACAGUGACAGUGACUUGUCUGAUGAUCCGUUGGCGGAGCUUGAUUUGGACAAUAUACUUCCAUCGAGAACGAGAAGGAAGGUAAUUCAACCGGGGAAAUAUAUUGCUAAUGAUCUUGGUAAUGAUGACGAUGACAGUGACAGUGAAGAUGAGGACGCGUGAGUUGCUGUAGGUUGAUGCAAAUGUAUAACUGCAGACUUGAAUGCUACUGUUAGUAGUGCCAUUGACAAAUAUUUAAGUUAUAAUUCUUUUCGUAUUGGAUGAGUUUAUAUUCGGAUGAACACAGCUUUCUGGAAAGCUCUUACUGUGCUGCAGAGUUGUAGUUUCGUGCGAGCAGUGCAUUUUCAAUUUCUUUUUACAGUUUUGUGUUGGAUGAAUUUGGAUGGCAACUACAUUAUGUUUUCCUGCAAUGUAACGCAUUGAUCAUGGCCAGACUUAUGUAGCAGAUGUUUGUUGCCAGCUUUUCUGACAUUUGUUGACAGAUUCAGCGUGCAAAAUUAUUCUAGUAGAUUUUAUUCUUUUCUGGUUAUUUGGGCAUUGGGCUAGCUUGGAACUCUGAAAUGUGUUGUAUUCAUUGGUUUUUAAAGAUCCGCUGUCAUAUAAUAUUUGCCACCUCA